AUGGACGGGGAGGCGUCCUAUAAUGAAUUUUCAAUGCCGGAGUACGGCAUAGAGACAGACUAUGACCUCAUGCGCUAUUUGAAGGUUGAUCCCGAGGAGAAUGCCUUGGCUUCUGAGGAGGAGUACGAGCUUUCAGAGACGGGCUCUGUGCAGAGUAAUAUAAGCACCCGAGCCAGUCCUUCUCCCUACAGCAUGGCAAACGAGUACCAGCACCGCGAGUAUCUUCCAUCAGAUUAUGUUGAUAUGGGCAAUCCUCUGCGGUUUUUGCCCGACACCAUGGCGGGGCGGUUUCAAGCGCACCUGGACUCGUGCAACUCUGAAACCUCCCCUCACCUGGCCAUGCCGCAAGCGGCUGAUAUUCCGCGGGAGUUAUCAGCCCAUGUUGCAAACGAGAUUGCCGAGCCUAUUGAGCCACCCUCAAAUUCGCAUUACAAGCCACUGGAAGCCGGGCUCGAGGAGAACUUCCACCGCGCUCAGCACCUUCUGCAGGAGACACCCUUUGGGCGAGUGAAAGAGAUUGACAAUGCCUCAGCAAUAACCAAAAGCUUCAGCGAAGAGUAUGAGCACAUUGUCAACUCAGGAUCUGGCCCACACCCCUACAAAUACCACCUCCACCUGGGUGAGCUUCCGGACAGAUCGCGCGUGGAGACUCAGAUUAAAUGCAACCUGUUUUUGACACCAUACCCUGAAGAAAACCUUCUCCAUUUACCAGCUGAUACCAUUGCCCGCCCAAGAUUCCAACUACGCGAUGAUUUCAGACCACACCCCCAAAUUUUGGACUUAGAAGUUGAUGUCGUUGUUCCAGAAAAGCCCCUCGAACCGGUUCUUAUGUGCCCCAAAUGUAUUUCCCGUGAAAAGAAACGCGCCUUCCGUAAAAAGACGCUUGAUGAAAAUGAAGAGCAUCAUUGGAAUGAGAAUAGAGCUCGCAGAAUCGUCAUUUUCAACUGCCGCGAACUGCUGGUUCUGCCUUUACCCAAACGAGUCAAGCUGCCCAGCGGCGAAAUUGUCGAGGGCCGUGAAAUUGAGCUGCCAUUACGUCUCGCAUGCUACUGUCGUCACCAUAUCGCCAAAGACGGAUACAAGCUCGUGUUCACAAUCCGUGACUACAAGGGCAACAUCGUAGCUCGAACCGUGUCAGAUACUAUUUUCAUUACGGAUAAUCACAAGGAGCCUCGAGUAAGCGGUUCAUCGGGAGUCUCUCGUCAAUCAAGUGUGCCGGUGCCAAAUGUUCCCGAAAGCCCAGGCGGAGGCAUGUACUCCAUGGACUCGGGCAGUGAAUACUCCACAUCCAACUCCACCACACACUCUUCCUCGGCAUCAGCUGUAUCCAGAACUCGCAGGUCCAGCGCAUACCACCCUUACUCUCGAAGUAGCCGUAUGACUUCGCAUCGCUCGAAUAGUAUGUCAAGUGGCGGUGGGAGUCCAAGCGUGCCUCCUUCACCGGGUCCUACUGGGACUGCGCCAUUGGUGCAGAAUAACAACGCGAUUAUGGUAGCUUCUAUUCAAAGAGCCAUUCCCAAUCAGGGCAGUGUGCGUGGUGGACUCGAAAUUACUCUUUUGGGCCAGGGCUUCCACCCAGGCCUCGUUGCUAUGUUUGGUGAGCUUCCGGCAGUUUCGACCCAAUGCUGGUCCGAUUCGACAAUAAUCGCACAUCUUCCGCCCUCAAGUGUCGCUGGACCCGUUCCCGUUUCUUUCCAAGGCCAGCAGCCAACUCCACAAUCCGCAGUGUUCACCUACGUCAACGAUACUGGAUCUAAGCUCGUCGAGCUAGCCCUCCAGGUAGUUGGGUUCAAAGUUAAUGGAAAUGUGGAUGGCGUUUCAGACCUGCAAAGUCAAUUGUCCACAUAUAACCCUUCGGAUGGUAACAGUGGGAACAACAGCGCGGUAGAUUUGAAUAAUCAACAUGGGGGAGGCCCGGUAGACAAUCUUGCCAAGACACUGCUCAAAGAUAUCCAGGAAGGAGAGCAGUUCAUUUUGAAGUGCCUCAAGUACAUCCAGAUUGUUUCCGGUAAAAUUGUCAACCUCAAUAUGCGAAACUCCGAGGGUCAAACAAUGAUGCAUCUGGCUUCAAUCAUGGGCUACGUGGAUGUUGUAAUUGCUUUGAUGGCUCAGGGUGCAAAUGUAGAUUUGCAAGAUGUGAGCGGUAUGACCCCUCUUCAUUUUGCUGCAAUGCACGGAAAUCGGGCAAUCACCCGACAUUUGUUGGCUGCUCAUGCCGAUCCUUUCCACCGCAACUUUGCUGGACAGACCAUUGUGGACUCGGCAGACUGCUCAGUUUCAGACUUGCUCCCGAAAAAUCAGCGCACUUGGUACAUGCAAACGAAUUCUCGCAAUUCGUCCUCUUCAACGUUGGCUUCCCUUCUUGCAAGAGAAGAUUUGUUACCGUUCUUUGACGAAAAAAAUGCUCACCAACUGCCCACCCCCGAGUCGUUGCUUGGUCUGAGUGUAAGUGAUGAGUCCGCAGAUGACGAUGACGACUUCUUGGCUAGCGUUCGUCGUCUUCGUGAACGACAAGAAUCUCAACCUCCUAUGAGUACUCGCAAGCGCCGCACUUUGAUGAAAGAUUUGCAGGGCAUGUUUAUCAAGGCAUUGACACGCAAAACAACACGCAUUGAGGACUUUGAGAUUUACCGCAAACUCCCAGAGCAGAUGGUUUUGCAUGUCGACUCUUUGAGCAGUUCCGCAACUGAGGUCCUGGGACACACCGAGUCAGAGACCGAUAACUGGAUUCCUGGUGCUUCCGAUGUCACAACUCGGUUAGUGGAUGAGUACCUCGAUGAACAGAACCGUGGUACUCCAUUCGAGCCUCCUCGAUAUUCUGACAUUUAUCCACAAGCCAAUGAAAAGUAUCGGUCGCUGAUCAUUGACUACGACCAGUACGAAGAGUGUCUUAUUAGUGAUGGCGAGGUGGAAAGUGAUAUUGAGCAGGCCAAUGCUCCUACAGAAGCUGAAUUGAUCGAGUCCUGGGCCAACAACCCUAUGAAAACUACAAGCAACGACCAUAUGCUUUUUACAUUUUGGAUUCCUAUUGCGUUGAUCGCUCUAGCGACCGUGGUCAUUCGUGCCUGGUUCCCUGCAGGCCCUUUGAUGCUCAGCAAUUUGAGUGGCCGCUCUUCGCACUUGAAAUCGACUUUACGCUUUGCGUAG